GUCCGUUUACAGUGCACAGUUCGAUUUGUUUUGGUUUAUACAGACUACGCUUUGUCACUCAGAGCAAAGGUCCACGGCUACACUUUAACCUGACCGGUGUGCUUUUUUUUGACACCCUGCCAGACUGUGAAACAACGCCUCCUCUGAGGUUUGCGUUUCGCCACUCCUUUUCAGGACCGCCGGAUUCCUCGUUGCUCCGUAGUUGAACAUCAGAAGCUGGCCUGCUAGUUAGCAAAUAAGCUAACGACUGCCAGAUUUCACCCAUGUCCUCUGAAGAAGCGUUGAGUUCAACGAUUACGGAUUGGCUCUUUAUCAAUUCCUGGUGGCUUCUUUUGCCAUUCAUCAUGCUCCUUGUAGUUGCUGCCUUCAUUGUUGCCUUUGUGUUGCUGUUAUACAUGAUAUCACCUCUUAUUAGCCCCAAGCCUCUGAAACUGAACGGGGCCCAUGUCGUGGUGACAGGAGGAUCAAGUGGGAUUGGAAAAUGCAUUGCUAUUGAGUGCUAUCGGCAAGGAGCUUUCAUCACUUUAGUUGCACGAGAUGAGGCUAAAUUGCUUCAAGCAAAGAAAGAAGUGGAGAAGUUUGCCAUCAAUGACAAACAGGUGGUGCUCUGCAUAUCAGUGGAUGUUUCCAGUGAUUACAGUCAAGUGGAAAGUGUGAUAAAACAGGCUCAAGAGAAAUUGGGGCCUGUUGAUAUGCUCGUGAACUGUGCUGGAACAUCCAUUUCUGGGAAGUUUGAGGAAGUAGAGGUGGAUCGUUUUAAAAAAUUGAUGGAAGUGAACUAUCUGGGCAGUGUUUAUCCUACCAGGGCUGUCAUAACCACAAUGAAGGAACGAAGAAUGGGCCGCAUCAUGUUCGUGUCCUCUCAAGCAGGUCAGAUCGGCCUGUUUGGAUACACUGCUUACUCCCCUUCCAAGUUUGCCCUGCGUGGUCUAGCAGAAUCACUGCAGAUGGAGAUAAAGCCAUACAAUAUCUACGUGACUGUCGCCUACCCCCCUGACACAGACACCCCAGGACUGGCUGAGGAGAACAAGACAAAGCCUCUGGAAACCAAAUUAAUCUCUGAGACCUCUGGAGUUUGUCAACCGGACCAAGUGGCUAAAAUUAUUGUUCGGGAUGCAGUGCAGGGGAACUUUAACAGCUCUGUCGGUCCUGAUGGCUACAUGUUAUCAGCCCUCACUUGUGGGAUGUCACCUGUCACUUCCAUCACAGAAGGUCUCCAGCAGAUUGUUACAAUGGGUUUAUUCCGAACCAUUGCCCUCUUCUACCUGGGGAGUUUCGACAGCAUCGUGCGGCGCUGCAUGAUUCAAAGAGAGCAGUCAAAAGCAGCAGACAAGAGGGAGUAACGGCAGCCUUACCUUCUUCACGGCUCUCUGCGCUCCUCCACUGCAGCCCCCCUCCCAUUUCCUCUCUCCUGUUGUACAAGUGCACAACCAUAGGUGGGAAAGGACAGGUUCUGAAUGCAUUUCCUAUAUCCGUGAGGUGAAAGAAAGUAUAUUGCUGGGUUCAGACUAGACAGUAUUUGGUUUGUUACAGUGGUAACUGUGGAAGAUUAAGUAUUUGUAAAGUUAUCAUUUCUCGUCAUAUCAUGGCCGAGAGACAUGAUAUGACGUUGAUAUGAUAUGAUAUUUUUAUGCUACACGUUACUUCCAGACCAAUAAUCGCUUCCCAUAUUUCAGAAUAUGGUGCUACUGACACCAUUACAGAAAGAAGAAUGUAAACAAACAAAGCAGUAUAUGAUACUGGUUGUCUUGUGUUUAGAAUAGCCUAAAGCCUAAAUAGAAAAAUAACCCACUGUGGACCUGUUUUUGGGUCACACAGAGUUGAUUAUGGGUUGUCAUUCACACUCGAAGUAAAAGUAACAAAUGUUUGUUGUCAGUAGUGAAACAUUUCCUGUUUUUCACAGUUCCACCUAACAGCACAAACAUCAUAAUUCAUUUUAACAGGAGUAAUGACAGGGCGGUCUUUGUUCCUAUUGGUCAGUGACACAGAAGUGAUUGAACCUGUCUUGGAAGGCCCAAAGACAUUUCUAACAUACUAUAGUCUGUUGGUUAGAACAUUAUUAGACAUCCCAGAUGCAGUGGUGGUUGUUAUCCACUAUGACACUAUAUGAGACAUUGACUGAGAUUGAUUGUCGAUGCCUGUCAAACGCCCUAUGUCUGCUGGGUCAGGCUGAUACUGUAUUCUCUGAACCCUGCAUUAGAUGUUUACUCUUGACUUAUCCGGUGAUGUAACUCUUCUAUAGACUUCACAGCCAUUUGAAGUUUUCUAUCCUCUCAGAUCAUUCCAGUGACUUUUUUGGUUUAAUGUGUCUAUCUGCUUUUUGUGGGAGCAGCCUUACUCUAGAAAUGAGGGCAGACUAAACAUCCCACAGCCUGACUUGAAAGUAGGUAGGCUUCAAAUGACUUUUCAAAUAUUAGCCUCCCUGUCUCCACUCCUACAGCAUUGUUUUGUUUUGUUUUUUUACACACAAAGAAGAAAAGCAACAGAUAGCCUGUCUGACUGGUUGUGCCAAAUAUGGCUUGAAAUUUCUUCCCACCAGGGGCUACAGUGAAAACACAAACAGUAACCCUCACCUUCUGUCAUAUUGUUGCAUGUAUCACAAAAGUAGGUCUAGCUAGAAGAAUUUUACAGUUUUCACGAAACUGUUUCUCUUGGUGUGUGCUCUUUCGUACCACAAGUCUUUGCGGGCAAAGCACCUUCCCAUUCGACUGAGUAACCUCACUGUUUCAAACAAGUUGUGACCCUCGGCGUUGUGUUUAUGCUGUGGGAUGUUUUGUUUUUGUGCUCUGCGAGUGAAAGCCAAAAUGUGAUACAACAGUUCUCUUCAGUGAUAUCAAAGAGAGAUUGUGUGUGUGUUGUUUGUAAGCGUUUUUUAAAUUUUCCUAAUGCAAAAAUGUAAUUUCCAUAAAAUAAUAGUCAGCAUUUCAGACACGGUGUAGGGGAAAGGAAUUUUGGGUGAACUCUUGUGCAUGUUCGUGUAUGUGUGUUCUUGUUUGCUGUGACUGAGCCAACCCCUGGGAAGAGAAAAGCCAUUGGAUUUUAUUGUCUCGGGAUGAAGUGCACCAAAUUAAGUUACUGUCAUCAUUUAUUUGUUUUGGAAAAAAAAAAAAGUCUUAAGGUACUCUAGGCUGAAGCCAUUUUGUUAUAUUAAAUAAUGGAAUAAAAACAAGAAAGGCCAGCACAGGUGAUUUCACAGUACAGCUGUGUAUCGAAGUAUUUUUUUAUUUUUUGCUUUUCAUUAAAAGUGUAAAAGGAAGCAUAUCAUUUUCACAUAUAGUUUAAUAUGUCAGUACACAUUUCAAGCCACCCUGGUCAAGAUCAAUGUAGGACCCGUAUUGUUUUGGGGUGGUGGAAGUCAGUACAGGGGCAAAAAAAAAAAAACUUGCUGGUUCGAGAAACAUCCCUGUGGGUCUAGUGGGGGCGCUAAAGAUCUGAUUUCCCCAGAAGUCAAAACAGUAGAGGGACCAAAAUGAAAGUAUGAUCCUUGUCCCUCAGAUUUUGACUUGCUAUCAUGACAUCAUGCACAGUUUUGGACUUUUAAACAUCUUAAAUAACAACAUCCAUUCCCUCUUGAUUUUUUUGUUUUUUUGUCAAACCCUGUGAGAAAAUAACCCUGUCAUUUAACAUAUGACCCUGUUGUUUUGCAUAUUUAAAGGGGAAAAGUACAGUGACGACUCUUGCAAGUCUUCCUUAGCUCCAUCACAGACUGGGGGAAUGUACUUCAAUACAACACAUACAAAUCAGAAUAGAGGACUCUUAUCAUUAAGUACACCAAUAUUUAAAUGCCAAAAUGUGUUAAAGCAGUUUCUGUAGAUGCAAUGCAUUUGUUUGAGAUUUAUUUUGAUGUUGCUGCUCUGUUUAUCUUAGAGGUUAGUUUGUGAAAUCUGUGGAACUGUAUAGGGAUCCAUUCUAAGCCUUAAGAUGCAACUACUGAUGAAGCUAAUGCUAUAUGAAUGGACCUAUCCACAGAGCGAUGGGGUUUACCUGUUCAUUUAAUGACUUUUCAAUGUAAAAUGCCAACUGUUUUUGUGUAUUUUGUCACUUCAAGUCUUUGUAUGACAAAAGUAGCCUUACUUAAAUCCAACAUAUGAAAGUGAGAAUGGAUGACUCACCCUGAUGAUGUUCUCAUUUGAUAUUGGUGAAAGGCAUAGUGUCCUGCACUCAAGAGCUUUUCAUAAUUAUACAUUUAUUGCUUUGAAAGUUCUCUUUUUUUUCUUGAGGUAGCAACAUAUAGUUUAUAGAAGAUGUAGCCCCUAUUAGCAGGUUUUGUUUAACACCUUUAAGCUAUGCAAAUGAAGCCUAUUCUUAUAUGUUACGAGGACAUAUUGUCGAGGUUUAAGUUUGUAACAGUCACACUAGUCGUUCUCUACUGAAUAUUGUCAUCAUCAGAUACUUACUAUGGCGGUAUAAGUUUAAGUAUUUAAUGUAAACGUCACAAUGCACUGGUUCGAUCUUCUUCUUUCUUGCUUUUUACUUUUGUUUUUCUGCCAAAAAAAACUUAACACAUUCACCUUGUGUGCCAUUGAAAGAAAAUGUGAGAAGUGGAACGUUUCUUUGUCUUAUUUUCUUACAUGAUAAAAUAAAUAAAUACCUGUGAAGAAAAAC